UUCCAGCACCCAUACACCUGCAACAGUCUCCAAAGCUCCCACACACACACGCACAGAACGUAAUGUAAUGGAUAUAGAAAUGUAGCGGAUCCCUUCCCUCUCUCACUUUCGUUUAAGCGAUGGCCACGUAUAGAAGUGCCCACAGCGAGCCGUACACGAGUAAGAGCAACAGCAACAGCAACAGCAGCAGCAGUAGUCGCCUGACGGCAUUGAGAAAACGCCUGACCACGUGUUUGCAGCAGUGGUGCCAACAUCUCCAGAAGCCGGCUUCCUUCCAAAAGUGCAAAAGUGGCCCCAACCACCAGUUUUACAAGAUCUUUGAGGAGGUAUUUGACAGCAAGGUAUUUGGCGACAAGACCAAAUAUAUUCGGCAGUUUAAGAAGAUUUUCAAAGGGAACAAGGACUUAGCUAAGAAAAGUGAGCCAGGGAGGGUAGUGCUAGUGCUAGUGCCCGAGAAACCAGUGGACGACACAGAGGAGAGCCAGAAGAAACAGCUGCAGCUUGUGGCCAGACUCUUUUCAUCCACACUGAUAUCCGCGAAGGAGGAGAUCUCCUGUAGCUACAACAGCAGCAGCAUGACUAUCAUCGACAGCAAUUACAUCGAAGUGCGGGAGGAGUACCCGGAGAUUGACAGCGAGAUACGGUCCAUACUGCUGGCCAAUGCCCAAAGUGGCAUCACGAUAUCGACCAUCAAAAAUGAAUAUCGAAAAUUGACGGGCAAUCCGUUUCCGCUGCACGAAAAUAUCACAGACUUUCUGCUCACCAUCCCCCACGUGACCGCCGAAUGCUGCGUGUCCGGGAAGCGAAUUUUUAACAUGAAGCCACGCCCGGAGACUCGCCACCUGUACGAUAUGGUCGUCCAUCAGAAGCGAACCAACGACCUGGGGACCAACGACCAUCCGGUGGCUGCACCACCCCCACGCCUCUGGCGCUGUCAGUACAAGCGUCGGGCCCUGUACUCACUGAACACCAACAACAACAACAACUACAAUCUCAACCAGAAUAUCAAUCACAUCGAGGAGAAGGUACCGGCUGUUGGUGGCAAAGAAGUCGCCAUUGAAGACCAGGCGGGUCCACUGCAGCAACUGGCCAGGGCUGCGGCGGAGUCAAACUGGUGCUAUCAGGACAACUGGAAUCAUCUCAAGAACUGCUAUCAGCGAGCUAACAUCUUUGCCGAUCCUCCAGAGAAGCCACCGCCGUUGCCGGCCCAAGAAAACCAUCUUCGUAAUUCCAACAGCCAGAACCAUCGGGAUAACCUAAAGAACCAACGGAAUUUGCUAGUGAACGAACAUCAUAGUAUGCAGCAGGAGUAUCAGUAUCAGUAUCCCACCACCACCCCCACACCCACCACCAUAUCGAGUGGGACUCAGCAUGACUCCAUGUUCACCAUCAACUCGGAUUACGAUGCCUACUUGUUGGACUUUCCCCUACUGGGAGAUGAUUUCCUCUUGUAUCUGGCUCGGAUGGAGCUGAGGUGUCGUUUCAAGCGGACCGAGAGGGUCCUGCAGUCGGGUCUGUGCGUAUCUGGGCAGACUAUAAGUGGCGCCCGGUCGCGUCUGCAUCAUUUGCUAGUGAACAAGGGUACGCAAAUAAUUGUCAAUAUUGGAUCCGUGGACAUAAUGCGGGGCAGACCGAUUGUCCAAAUCCAACAUGACUUUCGUCAGUUGGUCAAGGACAUGCACAAUCGGGGACUGGUCCCGAUCCUAACCACAUUGGCCCCGCUGGCCAAUUAUUGCCACGACAAAGCGAUGUGCGAUAAGGUGGUCAAGUUCAACCAGUUCAUUUGGAAAGAGUGCGCCAGUUACCUGAAGGUGAUCGAUAUACACUCGUGCCUGGUCAACGAAAAUGGCGUCGUCCGGUUCGAUUGUUUCCAGUACUCAUCGCGUAACGUGACGGGCUCCAAGGAAUCCUAUGUGUUCUGGAACAAAAUUGGUCGGCAACGUGUCUUGCAAAUGAUUGAAGCGAGUCUGGAGUAUUGAUCGUAUUCGAGCCAUGGAGACUGGUCUGGCACCUGUCUCCUCAAUUGGAGGAUGAGGAGAUGAAGAUGAAGAUGUUUUAUAUCCACGCUGACGGCGCGGCGCAUACGCUGAAAUU